AUGGCUACCCCCCAAAACAGGCAGCCUCCCCAACGGAGUCGUGGCUUCAGUGUUAAAUCCGACAAAUCUCACAUCUCUGGCAACUCGGGUCACAAAUCUCAAUUGUCAGAAUCCUCCGAGGAGAAGCACCGGCGCAAUCUACACACAAAGGCCGAUCCCACUAUCGCCAUGAACGAGCUGCAGCCCAUGGCCGUCGCCCUGGAGAAGUCCAAUAUGGGCUCUCUUCGUGAGAUGGAGCAUAAGGAUCAAUUCGGCAACGUUAUCACCGAUCCCGACUGGUCAAACCCGACCCGGCCUCGCUUUGAGCGACCGCUCGAUACCAUCAAAGCAUUCGAAGCCGCUAUCUACGGUACCUACAGCAGCAAUCGCCAAUCCUACAUCAAAACAGAUGAAGCCGCCUCACAAAUGGGCGACUACAGCCGCCGAACAAGUUACUACGGACCGAACGGCCACUCGAACCGCGGAUACGACCAAAACGCAAACUACGGCCGCGCCGGCCCCUCACGUCCAGACAGCGUGGCCGAUAACUACGGCCAAGAGAACCAAACCCCAUACCAAAAUCGCCGCCAACGACACCCGCGACGCACUGACAGCGAUCAAGUCGGUUACAACGGUUCUCAAUCCAACCAGCGCUCUUACGACAAUGUCGCUGCCAUGUCGGGCUCCGGGUCCGCCUAUACAGGCCCCUACGGCCAAGGCACUGAUCCCAGUUCUCUGAACAGCUCAAUGGACCAGCUGUCGCAGUAUGCUCAGCGUGCUGAUGGGGGCUAUAAUGGUCAAUCUUCGGUGGGUAACACCUGGGGAGCUCCGCAGCAGGCACAGGGCCAAGGUCCGCCGGUGAUGCAGAUGUCGAAGAGUGCGAAGACGGCAAUCGCGGCGCCUCCUGAGAAGAGGAAGAGCUGGUUGAAGAAGCGUUUUAGCAAGAACUAG